AUGACAGAUUACAUUGCGGAGCAGACCGAUAUCGCCAUCGCUGAGCGUCUUGCACCACCCGAGAACACCAGGGGCUGGAGAAACGUAAUGCUUUGGGACGCCACCCUCGACAUUAUCCAUCGCGUAACCGCCGCCGUAAUGGUGGGCCCCGAGCUCGCCGCCAACAAGGACUACAUCCAUCACGCACGCGGAUACACAGAGGAAGUGACUUCCUGGAACGCGCCUCUCUUCGCCAUGCCCGCCUUCCUGCGCGUGCCCUUUUGGUGGGUUUCGAAAGGCGGGCGGCAAAUCCGGGCGCACCAGCGCGAGGUACAAAAGUUUGUGUACCCAGAGCUGCGCAGGCGACAAGCGGCAGGAUACGAGAGCAAGAAUUUUGCCAUGCUGGAUGGACUGUUGAAGAGCGCAAAGGACGACACGGAGGCGUCGUACGCCAGAAUUGUGAACCAAGAGCUCUUCUUGACGUUUGCGGCUGCGGGCUUGUUCUCCGUCGUCGUGUGUCAGCUUAUUCUUUCGGUGCUGGGACAUCCACAGUACAUGGAGCCGCUGAGGGAGGAGAUCGAGAAGGCGGUGCGCGAAUGCGGGGGUUGGAAUAAGGAUGCCUGCGCCAGGAUGCCGAAGUUGGAUAGCUUUUUGCGAGAGACGUUGAGGUUGAGUCCUCCUACCGCCCUUACACUGCAACGAAAGGUCGACCAGGAUAUUCCAUUGUCGAAUGGCGAAGUAGUCAAGGCGGGUACGCUAAUCGGGUUUCCCACUCUGGCCAUCCAACGAGACGAAGAGUACUAUGAGCGCCCGUUGGAGUUUGAUGGAUACCGAUUCUAUGACGCGGAAACGAACUCGGUCAAGGUCAAAUCGGUGACGCAAAGCCGUACCUAUCUCCCAUUCGGUUACGGCACCCAAACAUGCCCUGGAAGGUUCUUAGCCACCGAAACUUCCAAGAUUGUCUUUGCAAAGUUCUUGGUCGACUACGAGAUGCGCUUUACGCCUAAACGCACAGGCAAGCCCGUGGAUUGGCCGAUCGGGGGACAAAUCAUGCCAAGCAUUGAUGUAACCAUCUUAUACGUCAUCAAAGCCGAUCAGACAUCCUACAUUAAUUAUAUCAAGCCCUUGAUUCUUGCCGAAGAGCUUGGCUUCCCAUACCGACUGUCCGUCAUCGAUACCCGUGAUGAGUGGUUCUAUGCGGUACAUCCGGAGCGCAUGGUUCCAUCCCUGAAAGACCGGGACGACGUGACUGGAGAGAAGAUUAUUGUCUUUGAAGGAACAGCGUGCCUGCAGUAUCUGACUGUAAAGUACGAUAUUCACGGGGAAUGGGCGGGCAGAACGGCAUGGGAGAAGGCACAGGUCCUCUCAUGGACGGCUUUUCAGACAGCCGGGCUUGGUGCGACGGCCAAAUACUGGCUCUACUUCAUGCGAGGAUAUCCCACUAGGCAGAACCCCGAGCCUAUGCCCAAGACAUGUGCAAAGUAA